AUGUCCAAAGAUGUAGACAGAUACAUGGGAAACACAACACAACAGCAACAACAACAACAAAGCACGGCUGGUCUCCAACUCCUUUACUUCCUCUCUUCUUCUCCUCCUUAUUAUAACAACACCACCAACAGCUGCAACAACAACCUACGUGAGGAACCCUUCUCCAAAUGCACCACUACUACAACCACCACUGACGACCCUGAGCUAAUGGACCAAGCCUUUGCCACCACCUCUAUGACCGCCACCUCCUCCACCGCCUCCGGCGUCCCCAUGGACAGCCGCAUCUGGAGGCACCUCCCGCAAGGCCUCAUCGACCGAGUCCUCACCUUCCUUCCGCCGCCGGCGUUCUUCCGCUUCCGCUCCGUCUGCAAGCGCUGGUACUCACUCCUCUUUUCCGACAGCUUUCUUGAAGCCCACCUCCGCCUCUCCCCCGGCCUCCCUUGGCUCGCUUUCUUCCUCCUUCCCCCCCGUCCCCCACUCCUUUACUCCCCCUCAGCCGCCGGGCCCCCUCCUCCCCCCGCUGCUCUCCUCCUCCUCGAUCCCGCCACCCCCGCCUGGUUCCGAAUCCCCCUCUCCCCCCUCCUCCCCCGUGGCUUUUCUCCCGCCGCCUCCUCUGCCGGUCUCCUCUGCUUCCUCUCCGAUGACCCCGGCGCCAAUGCCCUCCCUCGGCUGUGCAACAUCGACCCCGGCCGCAUGGCCUUCGCCGCAGGCCGCUUCUACUGCAUGAGCUGCGGUCCCUUCGCCGUGCUGGCCUACGACGUCGCCUCCAACGCCUGGUGCAAGAUCCAGCCCCCCAUGCGCCGCUUCCUUCGCUCACCGAGCCUCGCCGAGUGCGGCGGCCGCGUCCUCCUCGUAGCUGCCGUCGAAAAGAGCAGGCUCAGCGUGCCUCGCAGCGUCCGUCUCUGGGCACUGCAGCCGUGCGGCCGCGCCUGGGCCGAGGUCGAGCGGAUGCCGCAAGAGGUCUACGUGCGGUUCAGCGAGGCAGAAGCUGGCCGGGGUUUCGAGUGCGUCGGGAACGCCGAAUUCAUGGCCAUCACCAUUAAAGGUUCUACCGACGUCCUGCUGUUUGAUUUCUAUCGCAAGGAAUGGCGGUGGGCGCCACCGUGCCCGUUCAUACGCGGCGCCGCCGGUGGAGGCCUUCGAGGAUUCGCAUACGAGCCCCGCCUCGCAACACCUGCCAUCGGCCUCCUCGACUCAUCUUCAUCCAUGCCCUUCCAGGGGUUUCGAUCGAAGACAUAUAUAGUUGUUUGUUAUCAUGAAGGUGCUUCCAAGGUUUCAAUGCCCAGUAGCAGUGGUAUUAGUUUUCUGAAGAAGAGCCGCAGUAGUGGCAUGGUUGUUGUUGCAGUAGGACUCAUGGGCUUUGGAAGUGUGGGUGUUGUAUGA